UGCCAGGACAACGCCCACUGAUUACAAUGUCUACGUGUGUAAUUAUAUGAAAUACAAAGCACAGAUAAAAAUUACUUGAUUUCAAUGCAUAAUUAACUUCACAAAUGAGCUAAUUUACAAUCGUUCGAAUGUUUUCAUGAAUUCAGGGGAUUUAUUUCGACAAUAAAAAUCAAAACAAAACAUGUGAUUUCUAACGUGGUGUAUUGGUGACGUCAAAAUAGUAUAUUCUGAUUGGUUGUUCAAUGACAGGUGCCACUCAAAAACCACGUGGUGUAUUAAUAUUUUCCUAGCGUUGAGUGUUUUGGUCGGGCCGCGCCAUCUUCCUCGAAUGUACGUUGUUUUGCGUUUCUUUGGACCAAAAAUACCGCCCGGCCUUCUACAUUUGCAGCAAAGGAAUUAUUUGCCACCUCUGCUAGCUAAAAAUUCAAAUCGAGAAGUGAAAUGAGUCUGGAUACGCUGCUUGAAGCUGCUGAAUUUCUGGAAUGGCGUAACCAGUCCAAAACACGUGCUGAUGAUUCUGCAGGCCGAGUAUCGUCAACAAACGGAUCAGACACUUCACAAGAUUCUUACAGCUCUGCAAAAAUCAUCUAUAUGGAUCCAGACGACGCAACUUUACGCAGGCGUGCUGGAGGAGCUGGGACCAGAGAGGUUCACAAUAAAUUAGAGAAAAACAGGAGGGCACAUCUGAAGGAAUGCUUUGACAUUUUAAAGAAACAGAUUCCAACCUUGGAGGAUAAAAGAACUUCAAAUCUCUGUAUUUUACGUGGCUCUAUACGAUACAUUCAGGCAGUAAAAAGGAAAGAGAAAGAGUAUGAACUAGAAAUGCAAAGAUUAGCAAGAGAGAAAAUAACACUUCAAGAGAGAAUACAUAAUUUAAAGUCAGAGUUAGCCAGGAUGAACAUUGAGGUGGAUUUAAAUAAGUGGGUUACCCUUCCUGACGAGCAAGACACCAAUUCCACAUCCACUGCCACAGAACAAGGAAGUCCAAUAUGCAGUGAUGAUGAUGACGAUGAUAUUAGAAGUCCUAAUAAAUCCUAUAUGGGUGAAAGGGACAUUGUCAAGAAAUUAUUCCCAGGCAGCAACAAUCAGAAUGCAAUCAACCACCAGAGAGAGUUGACAAUAAUAAAAGUCAGCAAGCCUGACCAUGUGAGCAUGCCAGCAGCCACCAUACUGAAAAUUCCAACCUCCAAAUCUCCUCUUCAACAGCAUUUAAUGUCCCCCAUACAAGGGAAUUCUCUGUUAACUAAGCCCCCAGUUCCAACUCGGCCUGAGCAGGUGUCAUCAGCACCUGCUACUGCGACUACCUCCAAUUCCCUAGAUACACGCACGCCAGUAACGCAGCUGUUGGCCAGGACAUUAGAGAAAAGACAAAAACAACAGCAAAGUGCCAUAGUCACAGUGACAAGUGUCAGUCCCAGUGUUAAACCAACACCAGUACCCACAGUUCCAUUAAAGACCAUUCCUAUAAGACAUUCUCUGGGCAUUCCAAUAGCAACACAGUUUGUUGCUGCACCUGGAGCAGCACAGUUAGCAGCAAUUAACAAACUGGUUUCCCAGGGUACCUUAGCUAUGCCAGUCACCAUGGCUAAAGGAUUUGCCCAGCCCAUUCUGGUUUCUACUAACUUGAUGACAGGACUAACUUCUAGUCAGCAACAACAGAUAUUAAACAGUGCUGCAACACAGAGUAUGGCAAAACAGACUCCAGCAGCCACUUCUACUAUUGCUACAGCAACCACCACUGUCAAGGUCACGACACUCUCUGCUACACCACUGUCAGCUACAUCACAGUCGGCUACACCAUUAUCAGCUACGCAACUGUCGGGCACUCCUUCCGUGGCUACCCUAGGAAAUGUUUCCAAUAUCAGACCACUUGCGAAUACAGGCACAACUCACAUGCUGGGACAAAUCCCCUUCAAUAUUCUAGCUCAAGCACUGCCCAGAACAUCUUUAGGACAAGUGGUCACACCGGCCACUUCCACAGUGUCAGUCUCGAUUCCCUCUAGUCUGCCACAGAGCGUUAACAUGCAGCAGCUCAUGUCACUUGCUCAGAUUACUCAAGGGACACAACUGGUGUCUCCAAUGACAGUUAUGUCUCCUGGAGUGCAAUUUGCACAGGGAUUGACUCAGACACAGUUAAACACGAUGCUUUCAAGUCCUCUUCUAAAGCAGAUUCCCUUGAUUCCUCAUGGAUUCUUGCAGGGAGCUCAGAUGGGGGGUGUUUUAGGACAACCAGUGGUGAAGCCGGUUGUGGUUGUCAGCCUGCCCAGUGUGGUGAGCACCACCACCACCACUUCUACCAUAGCUGCUACAACCACCACCACCACAUCAUAGGAAUUGAAGGGAGAUAACCAAGUUAAUAUUGAAAUCCAGGCAAUUUUAGCAAAAUCCUUAUUCUAUGUGUUAUCAAUACAGAUAUGUAAUGAUGUAAAAUUUUUCACAAAUUGUUACUACCGGUAUGUUAUUUUGGGUACAAUAUAGUAAUUUUUAAGUAUUGAUGGGCUUAAAAUAACUUUUUUAGAUCAUGUAUAUCUAAUAUCUGUGUAGUUUCAAAAUCCAAAGGUUUAAAGAUUGAGGAGUAUCUCAGAAAAAAAAAAUGUCAUUGAAAAUAUUGCUUUCACUUUUCAUGAGGAUAUGAUAUUCAUUGUAAUUUUAUUUUUAACCUUUCAUGGACCUGAUAUAAAGAAUAAUAACUUUACCAAUCGUUGCAGUAAUUUUUUCAGUUCCAUUUCAUCCAUCUUUCAUGAAUAUUCCAUACAGUCCUUUUAUUGCACAUAUGUAUGUCAUAUUUAUAACAAAAAUGUAACAGUUGAUGCUAACUUAUUUCAUAGAUUUCCAUACGUGGAGUGGCUACUCAAAGCAUUUUAUUUCAAUCUUUGGCAUAUUAUCAUUGCACUGUUUUCAUUUGAAUGCAGCUGUUGAAUUUAUGGAGCUGAUACAAGAUCACAUAUUUCACAUCUUAUCUGUCAAGUGCUAUUUUCUUCAUUUUGAGAAAGUUGUAUAUGUUUUUUGUUAAAUCUGUUGUUAUUGUUGUUGAUGACUUGACUGUAAAUAUUUCUGGUUUUCUGUUUAUACAGGCCAAAUCACCAUUGUCUGUGAUCUUAUAUUAAUUAUGUGGAACAUAUUUACCAUUAGCAUUGUGUAAAAUAUAUGUAGUGUUGCAGAAAUUCAAGAGAGAGUGUGUAGAAGGCAUACUGUAUGCGAAGAGUGGAAGAAAAGAAGCAAUGUGUGUUUUUGAAGCAUGAUUGUUCAAAAUGCAUGCUAUAUUGAAGAACAUUAAAAGAUAUUUAUGAAACUAAAAGUUAGAUUGAAGUACAAGGUAUUGCAUUAUGAUAAAAAUUCUCUUUGGUGCAUUCAGUUUAUAUGUACAGUAUGUAUUGUGAAUAUGUGUUGAAUUUUGAUGAUGACAGCUAUUGAAUUUCAGUAAAGGUUACAGUUUGUAAACAUUAUACAGUAAAACCUUUUUAUCUCAAACUCAGUGAAAUUGAGAAAAUUUGAGUGUACAGAACAAAUGGUAUGGACUUGUAACUCACUUUGACAUAUCCAUGGUAUUAGAAAUUUUGAUGUUCGAGAUACAGAAGUUCAACAGUUUUUGAGAACUACAUGUACUGAAUCCUAGAGGUUUACUCAAAUUGAGUUUAUGUAUUCUGAAUUCAGAAGAAAUAGGGAAAUGAUUUCAAUUCUAUUUUUUCAUUUUGAUUUGUUUUUAUUGUGAUUUUGUUUAAUUUAUAAGACAUGUUACAAAAUCUAGGCGUAAUAUGUGUAAAGAUUUUAACAGGAAUACAAAUGUACUGUGAUGUAAAGUUUAGCACAUCAUAUACAUGAAGUGUAAAAUUUAAACAAUGUUUUCUGUCAACAAAAGCUACCUUUAUAUUCCACAUACAAACAAAAAUCAUGCUUUUACAUUUAUAUUAACUAACUACAUUGUAUGUAAUAUUGCAAAGUCAUUCAUUGUCAAAAUAACUGUUAAAAAGCUUAAGAAUUUUUCAAACCAUUAUUUAAAAUCGGUAAUGUUAUAAGAACCUACAAACACCAAAUUGUAAGAGGAAGGGGGAGGAGUAAUUAAUUUCUAGCUGUUGAAAGUACAUUUAAGCUACAAAUAUUUGAAAUAAAUCCAAAAAUAAUCACUA